CCUCCAUGUUCAACUGAGUUUCUCGCCUGCAUUCGACUCCGCUCAUCUCAAACCCGAACCAAAAUGGGGAAAGGAAAAUUCCGCCAUGACAUUGACUCGGCCCCAUGGCUCCGUUGCACUGCCUCCCAAAGAUCAAAGCCGAAUUCUGAUAUGGCAUGUCCGCGAUGACCAGGAUGUUAUGCGGUCCAAGUUCAGUAAACCGUCAGCAUGAACUCCCGCUGAGACGAUAUCAUCACCGAACGGGAUGGACUUACAAAGUCCAUCUGCAACGUCUAUCCAAGAUGACUAUCAGUCUUACUUUAAUGGUUAUUGGGAAUCUCGAGAAAGGUACUCUAUUAUUGUUGCAAGGUGCACCAAGUCAUUGUCGGCUUCCUUACGCCGACGUGCGAAUAAAUCUAAAUUAGGGGUACACCUCUACAUUUUCAGCUAAUCCUCCUUCGUGAUCUAUUUCAAUUUCCCGGGUUACCCGUCAGUUUUCUUGUUCUACCCAUAUUUUUACCCUUUGCCCAUUUUUACUUGUUCUCUUGCCGAGUGCCGAACUUCAGGGGGUGUAUAAAAUCUCAAGGAAAUAUCCUCCAUCUUCAAGGUUUCCGCCGGGCUCUCUCUUACGAUGCGUUCAACUAGCACUUUCCUUACCCUUUCUGCUCUUGUUGCGUUAGUCUCUGCUGGCGUGCAGCUCGAGAGCAACAAUAUUGGAUUCCCUAAUAAAGGAACCCAAGGUUGCAUCGCUGCAUCUUCCAAGUCUGCCGGCGCUCCUCUUGUCAUCCACGACUGCAACACUGGCGACGCGUCCAACUACGACUGGGAUAUUGUAGAGUUCCCCCUAGACCCAACGCCUCAACAGAUCAAACUUUUCGGUCAAGAUUUGUGUGUGGAUGUUACGAACGGAGCUAACAAUGACGGUACCAAGCUCCAACUCUGGACAUGCACCCCCGGAAACACCAACCAACUCUGGAGCCACACGAGCUCGCUUGGUAUUUGGCAAUGGGCGGGAACGAACAAGUGUAUCGAUCUUACGGAUGGCAACGUCAAUGAUGGGAACCAACUCCAAGUGUGGACGUGUGAUUCUAGCAAUAUGAACCAGCAGUUCCCUGGAAGGACCGUUGGGGACACUCAGAGCGUUACGGUUACACUCGAAGGAGGACCUGAUAUUUCACCCAAACCCCGUCUCUGCCUCGCCGCCGCUGAGAACUACGACGGUGCCAGAAUCACACUCGCCCCCUGCGACGACGUCAAGUCCGCCUUUGGUAACGGAAACGUCACCUGGGUCGUCCCUCGUGCCAACCUCGCUGGCCUCAUCAGCACUUUCGAUGGUACGAAAUGCCUUGACUUGUUCAACGGAGACACCACGAACGGGAACCGAUUCCAACUUUGGACUUGUGAUGCUUCGAAUCCGAAUCAGAUUUGGAAAGUCGAGUCGCUUAUUCCGAAAGGAAGAGCGACGAUCGAUCGGGAUGGGAAUAAGUGUGUGGAUAUUAAGGAUGGGAAUUUCGUUCCUGGAGCUGAUCUUCAAAUCUGGGACUGUGACGCAUCCGGAAAUAACCUCAACCAACGCUGGAUUGCGGUUCAGUAAACUAUUACUAUAAGUAUACCCGUUUAAACACACUCUUUUGAUUUCUGUGGACUAUAGUUUUGAAUUGGACUUGUAGAAGGCCGGUAGUAGUUGUUGUGCUACAAUAAAAUCAGCUUUUAAUGUCGAAAUAUCUGUGCACGA